AUGACUGAUGAUAAAGAGAGAACAUCAACAUCCAAUUCAGCUGCUACACCUAAUAAUCAUUCGUUAUUAAAUGGAGAUGUUGAUAUGAGCAAAUCUAGUCCAUGGCUAGUCGCUGAGAACACCCUGUAUAGCCAGUAUGAGGAGAAGGUGCGCCCCUGCAUCGACCUCAUCGAUUCCCUGCGAGCCCUGGGCGUGGAGCAGGACCUGGCCCUGCCUGCCAUCGCUGUCAUUGGGGACCAGAGCUCCGGCAAGAGCUCGGUGCUAGAGGCUCUGUCAGGCGUCGCCCUGCCCAGGGGCAGCGGUAUUGUUACAAGAUGUCCGCUGGUGCUGAAACUGAAAAAACUCUUGCAUGGAGAUGAGUGGAAAGGAAAAGUUAGUUACAAGGACUUGGAAAUUGACAUUGCAAACCCUUUGGAAGUGGAAAAGGAAGUAAAUAAAGCCCAGAACGCCAUUGCUGGAGACGGAAUGGGGAUCAGUCGUGAGCUCAUUAAUCUGGAGAUCAUAUCCCCAAAUGUCCCAGACCUGACCUUGAUUGACCUUCCUGGUAUAACCAGGGUGGCCGUGGGCGAUCAGCCAAUUGACAUUGGACGCCAGAUCAAAACCCUCAUUAAAAGCUAUAUCCAGAAGCAAGAAACAAUUAACUUGGUGGUAGUGCCCUGUAAUGUGGACAUCGCCACCACAGAGGCACUCAGCAUGGCUCAGGAGGUGGACCCUGAUGGAGACAGGACCAUAGGAAUCUUGACCAAGCCUGACCUAGUGGACAGAGGCACAGAAGGAAAGGUGGUGGACGUGGUGCGCAAUCUUGUCUACCACUUGAAGAAGGGCUACAUGAUCGUCAAGUGCCGGGGCCAACAGGACAUCCAGGACAAGCAGAGCCUGGCCGAGGCUCUGCAGAGAGAGCAAGACUUCUUUGAGGACCAUGACUAUUUCAGAAUUCUUCUGGAAGAAGGAAAGGCCACUAUUAAGAAUCUGGCAGAAAAACUCAGCAUUGAGCUCAUCAUACACAUCAGCAAAUCUCUGCCACUCUUAGAAAAGCAAAUAAAAGAGAGUCACCAGCAUAUAACAGAGCAGUUACAAAAUUACGGUACUGACAUCCCACAGGAUGAAAGCGAGAAAAUGUUCUUUCUGAUAGACAAAAUCAGUGCAUUUAAUCAGGAUAUACUUGCUUUAGUACAAGGAGAAGAGUUAGUAAAGAAAGAAGAGAGUCGGCUGUUUACUAAAAUCCGACAUCAAUUUAGUGAAUGGAGUGAUAAGAUUGAAAAGAAUUUUCAGGAAGGUUACAGAAGUAUGUGUAUGGAAAUCUAUAAAUUUGAAAAACAAUACCGUGGCCGAGAGCUGCCAGGUUUUGUGAAUUAUCGGACUUUUGAGGUGAUUAUGAAAGAGCAAAUCAAAAAACUAGAAGAACCAGCUGUUGAGAUGCUUCACACGGUGACUGAUAUAGUCCGGCUUGCCUUCACGGAUGUUUCGAAAAAACAUUUUGAUGAAUUUUUUAACCUGCACAGAACAACCAAGACCAAAAUUGAGGAUAUUAAAUUAGAACAAGAGAAAGAAGCUGAGAAGAUGAUCCAACUGCACUUCCAAAUGGAGCAGAUUGUCUACUGCCAGGACAAAAUUUACAGUGGUGCACUGCGGGACAUCAGGGAGAAGGAGAUGGAGGAAGAGAAGAGGAACUCAACACAGCAUUACUCACAGUCUCAAAAGGUUUCUUCACUGGACUCCUUCAAGGAGGAACUCUCUCAGCACCUGUUCGCGUACCAUAAGGAGGUCAGCAACCGCAUGUCCAACCACAUCCCUCUGGUCAUCCAGUUCUUCAUCCUGCAGCUGUAUAGCCAGCAGCUACAGAAAGGCAUGUUGCAACUGCUGCAGAACAAGGAUGGCUACGACUGGCUUCUGAAAGAGCGCAGCGACACCAGUGACAAGAGAAAGUUCCUAAAGGAACGGCUGUGGAGAUUGACCCAGGCUAAGCGUCGCCUGGCCAAGUUCCCUGGUUAA